AGAUUUGUGUCAUCAUCGAUGAACAAAUGCUUCUCAAUGAGUUUUAUUUUAAUCUGACAAAAAAAAUCAGUUAAAUUUUCUUAUUGAUAAUGACUUCAAAACCAGCGGAAGAUGUAGUGGUUCCCGAUAAACAAAUUGAUUCGAAUAAUGUUGAUAAUCAAACGAUUCAAAAGAAUCCAAACAGCAAAGAUGAUGAUCCAGGUUCCGAAGGUGAAUAUCGAUCAUCUCGGUCACGAUCAAAUUCUAGUUCGAUACGUUAUCGAUCAUCAUCAGCCGAACCGAUUGAAAAACAUAAUAAUAAUAAUUCUCAACAACAAAAUGAUUCAACAAAAACAUCGAUGAAUAAUAAUGUUAAAAAACAUGUCGAUCAAAAACGUUCGAAAUCAAGAUCACGAUCACCACGUCAACGUUAUUCGGAUAAUCGACGACGGAUUGAUUUUCGAAAUCGAAAUCGACAACAAUUUUCGAAAUUUCAUCAUCGUAAUCAUAAUCAAAAUAAUGAUCGUUUUGAUAAUCAUUCUGGUUUUAAUCGUAAUCGUCGAUUUCAUCGUCAAAAUAAUUAUCGUCAACGAAGAAAUUAUUCACCAUCACCAACAGAUUCUCAACAUUCAUCACCAUCGAAUGAUGUUCGAAAAAAUUCCGAUAACAAACAGAUUGGUAACGAUUUGAAAGGUGAUAAUGGUAAUAACCAGGAAAAAAUCCCAACACUUAAACCAUCGGAUAUAAAAAAUAGUGCAAAACAAUCGGCCAAAUCAUUUUUGGAUAUGUUGGAAGAAAAACGUAUGAUGGAAGCAUUUCCGAAAACCUGUAUUGUUGCACCUGAAAUGAAAAAACAAAUUCCAGUAAAAAUUCCUAAAUUUGUUAAUACAUUCAAUACGUUGGGUUCGACAUCGUUGGCGACUGACGUUACGGCAAACAACACAAAAUCAGAUGAUCAAACAAAACGUAAUAAAACUGCUAACGAUUCAGAUUCGGAUUCCGAUGAUGAUUCAAAAGCCCUGAUGAAUUCAUCUAGAGAAGAAGGUGAAAUACGAAGUGAUUUAGAAGAUCAGAAUGAUUCUGUGAGAAAAAAUCGAAAAAAAUUAUCAAAAAAAGCGAAAAAGAAAAAGAAGAAAAAAGUUAUCAAUGAUGAUGAUGAUGAUGAUGAAUCAUCACCUGUCAAACGUUCGAAUGGGAAAAAAUCCGCUAAAAAAUCACGAAAGAAAAAUGUAAAAAAUAAAAAUAAAAAGAAUAAAAAACGUUCUAAGAAAUCAGCUUCAUCUUCGUCAUCAUCCUCAUCAACAUCUUCAUCGGAUUCAAGUUCUGAUGAAUCAGAAUCUCGUUCUUCAUCAUCGUCGUCAUCGAGUUCAUCAAGUCAUUCAUCAUCCUCAUCAACAUCGUCUUCGUCGUCUUCUUCGGAUUCAGAAUCAAAUUCUUCAUCCUCAGAUUCUGAAUCAAAUUCGAAUGCAAGUAGCAGUUCAACUAGUUUGAAAAGACGUAAAAAAUGUAGCAAAUCGAAAAAUAAAAAGAAAAAAUCAAAAGAUUUAAAGAAAAACAAGAAACGAACAGUGAAACAAAAACAAUCAAAAAAAAUACAAUCAAAAAAACGUAAACUUUCGAAAAAACAUGAAGAAAAAUCAUCAACAGUGAAAAAAUCCAAAUCCAAGCAUUUAAACAAUGAUGAUGGUGAUGAUAAUGUAGAUUUGAAUAAAGAACAAUCUCCAGAUUUAGAAACUUCGGAAAACAUUGUUGAAAAUCAACAAGAUUGGCCCGCCGAAAUGCUGCUGUAUACAAAAUCCGAACCAAUCAUACAAUUUUCAAUAAAUCAAAAAUUAAAAAAUGAAUUGGUAGAUUUGCUACCAAAAUUUGAAUCAUAUCAUCGUUUGGAUGAAUGUGAAUCAAGAUCAGCAGUGAGUCAAACAACAUCAAGUACACCGAAAGAAAAUGAUGGUAAUCAAGAAUCAAUCAAACAACAAAUUGAUUCAUGUCAACCAAUAAAAUUAAAUAUGAAUCAUGAUUAUGAUCAUUAUUAUCAAUAUUAUUAUGAUUCUGGUUUCCCGUGUAUUAAUGAUGAUAAUGAAUUACAUUUAGCAUCACAUUUUAGUGCUUAUUAUCGUAUGUUUAAUAGUUAUGAUUAUAAUCAAGAACAGUUGACUAAAUGGGCAUCAAAUUAUGGUUAUCGUUUAAUUAAAACAAAUAGAUUUGGUGAAAUGUCGAACAAUGUCGAUUGUAUAAAACAAGAAAUUUUGGAUGAAACAAAAAAAGAAUCAAACAACGAAAAUGGUGAUGUUACUGGUGGUGAUGAUAUUAGCCAUAUUAAACAAGAAAAUAAUGAUGAUGAUGAUGAAAUUGUUGCUGAAGAAAAAUUUCCUUCAAAUCAAAUUGAUUCAAAACCAAUCGAAGUAAUAACAACAAAUAAUAUAUCAUCAUCAAUAUCAAGUGAUUAUAUUACCUAUCCCAGAUUAUAUUCGGAUAAUAAUAAUAUUGAACCAAGUUAUUCACCACCACCAUCACCACCACCAAAACGACCAAUGAUGACUGUAAUGGAAACAACUGAUUGGAUUACAUUACCAAACGGUAUUAAAGUUGGUCCAGGAACUAAACAAAUCAUUGUUCAUCCUUAUAAUAGACCAAUUUUUUAAUGGGAAAAUCAAAUUUUUUUUAAUUGCAUUUUUGUAUGAAUAUAAAAAAUAAAAAUGGAAACAUUGAUUA